UUCACUUGAACACAAUACCCAUACCCCAGGAACAAUUAUAGUCAAUCCGAAACCCGAGCCGAGAAUCGAACGAACGAAAAGGUUUGGAUGCCGUUGGUGCCACAAAGUUUCAAUCUUUUCUAUACUUUCAGAUACUCCGGAUUGAGCGAUUAGCGAUAUGGCAUCCCACCGUCGGAGCACGUUCAGUGUAAUCUUUAUACUAUGGUGUGGAUUGUUGAUCCUGGUAAUGAGCCGCACCGAGGCUAGCAACAGUCGUGCUGAGCGCAAUUCUACGGAAACGUUCCACCGGGCAACACGGGACAGAAGACGCUACUGCGGUAAAGUAUUGACCGACACACUGGCACUGGUUUGCAACAGCUACCCAUCGCCAUGGAGAAAGAAAUCAGCCUUCACCAUCAGCGACCAAUCCUUCGAGGGUUCCUACCGGGAGCAGCUGAUCGAAGAAAUCAAACAGGAUCUAGACGAGCUGGAACAGCUGGCACCGGAAAUGUUCGACGACCGACCCGUACAAUAUCGUCCAUUCUAUCCGCGAUUCUAUCAAGAGCAACAGCACCUGCAACAACAAGAACAACAACAGCUGAAUGCGAUCGAUCCGCAUCGUCGGGUUCGUCGCCAGAUCGUUGACGAGUGCUGUCGGAAAAGUUGCACAUUGAAUACACUGAAGCAAUACUGCGCCGACUAAAACGGAACUUAGCAACAUGGUUGAACUAGC